ACCGCCGCGCCACCGCUAUAUAUCCGUCUCCCCCUCCCUCGCCCCCGUCGCGGCCACCAACCUCCCCCCAGGAAAUCCAGCUCCGGCUCCUCCUCCCCCCUCCCUCCCUCCCCGUCGGAGAGAUCCGGGUCGGCCCCGCCCGCUCGGUAAUCAAUCCCUCGCGCUCGUCCCGGCCGUAAUUUCGCCUCCUGAAACCGGGCGCCGGGAGCCGCGGCGGCGCGGGGGUGCUCCGUGCUCGGGGGCGGGGUGGAGAGGGGGCCCCUUCUUCUCCCUGGGGCGAUGGGGAUUGGGGCGGCGUCGGACGAGCUGCUGGGCACGUUCGUGCCGAUCGCCGUGUACUGGCUCUACUCGGGGCUCUAUGUCGCGCUGGACGGGGUGGGGCGGCUUGACGGGUACCGGCUGCACACCAGGGAGGAGGCCGCCGCCAAGAACGUCGUCUCCAAGGCCGCCGUCGUGAGGGGCGUCCUCGUCCAGCAGGCCUUCCAGGUCGCCGUCUCGCUCACCCUCUUCGCGGUUAUUGGUGAUGAGAGUGGUACUGGACAGAAACAACCUCCUGCUCUUGUGAUAGUGUUGCAGUUUAUAACUGCAAUGGUUGUUAUGGACACAUGGCAGUACUUCAUGCACAGAUACAUGCACAUUAACAAGUUUCUGUAUAAGCACAUCCAUUCAAAGCACCACACUCUUGUAGUCCCUUAUUCCUUUGGAGCUCUUUACAACCAUCCUCUUGAGGGCCUUAUUUUGGACACCAUUGGUGGUGCACUCUCGUUUCUCGUCUCUGGUAUGACUCCACGGACAUCCAUAUUCUUUUUCUCCUUUGCUACCAUCAAGACAGUGGACGAUCAUUGCGGGUUGUGGCUUCCUGGUAACAUCCUCCAGGCACUGUUCAGCAACAACAGUGCUUAUCAUGACAUUCACCACCAGCUCUAUGGCAACAAGUACAACUUUUCACAACCCUUUUUUGUGAUGUGGGACAAGAUACUUGGAACUUACAUGCCCUACUCUAUCGAGCAACGAAAAGGAGGAGGGGUCGAAUCAAGGCCAGCUAAACUCGACUGAGCUGAUUAGUACAUGCAUGCAUAGUUUCUGAUUCUCGUUUUGACCUGUCCAAUACCCAUGCCACGUGGCGCUGCUGACUACGCAAAUGAUGUAAAACUCUCACCCUGGUUCAUAACUUCAUAUAGUGAGGCUGUUCAUGUUCUCUACAUUCUUUUUUGUUUGUUUUUGGGGUGUUCCAUCUUGUAACAAGUACAGUGAGUAAAGUAUUGUAACGUACCAAAGAAUGCUCAGACCACUUCGGUUUGCGUCCUGUGAAAUUACCUGUACUUCCAUCGAUGCUGUAAUUAGCAAAGACAGUUGAUAUUGGCACUU